AUGUAUCAGAAGUUGGGCAAUUUACCCGAGUUUCGAACUCGACCUAGCCGUCCUUUUCUCAAGGCUGGUGUGGAUUAUGCCGGGCCUUACAACAUUAGAGCUUCUCCUGGUCGAGGCCAAAAAACCUAUAAAGGUUAUAUUGCCUUAUUCAUUUGCUUAAGCACACAUUCUGUACAUCUAGAGUUGGUCUCUGGUUACUCAUCCAAAGAAUUCAUUGCUGCCUUCAGAAGGUUCACUUCUAGGCGUGGAUUUUGCUCCGAUAUUUAUAGUGAUCGUGGGACAACCUUUGUUGGAGCGGAUAAAGAACUUAGGGAAUUAUUUGAGAAAUCUACUGCCUUCAUAGAUACUGUUUUUAGAACUCUUGUUGCUGAAGGGACCAACUGGCAUUUCAAUCCGCCCGCUGCUCCCCAUUUUGGAGGAAUAUGGGAGGCUGCAGUCAAGUCUGCCAAACACCAUCUGUGA